AGCCUUUUUGGAUGGGCAAUUCUAAUGUCACUCUAUGGAAGCACCCAAGGGGCUUGAAUUUUCGAGCUCUCCCCGUAGAUUUUGCAGUGACGUGGUGUCCCCAUGAGUGACAGAACACUGAGCACAGCGCAACUAAAAAACAUGAUCAACCCCUACGCUCCGUAUUUUCCGCGGGCUGUCCCACCACCACAGAAAGCACUGAGCUAGGCUGGAACACCUACAUGUUCGAGCUGCCUUAAGAAAGCAAAAGAGCGACCAUGUUUGUGUGCAGCUUUAUUAACUCAGUGAUUUAUAAACUUUUUUUAAAAACUUGUUUGCAAACUGAAGUGUGACACAUAUUAAGGCCAAAUUAACAUGCAAAAAUAAAUAUAUGCAGUUGAAGUCGGAAGUUUAUAUACACCUACAGCCAAAUACAUUUAAACUCAGUUUUUCCACAAUUCCUGAUAUUUAAUCAGAGUAAAAAUUCUAUUUUAGGUCAGUUAGGAUCACUACUUUAUUUUAAGAAUAUGAAAUGUCAGCAUAAUACUAGAGAGAAUGAUUUAUUUCAGCUUUUAUUUCUUUAAUCUCAUUCCCAGUGGGUCAGAAGUUUACAUACACUAAAUUAGUAUUUGGUAGCAUUGCCUUUAAAUUCUUUAACUUGAGUCAAACGUUUCUGGUAGCCUUCCACAAGCUUCCCACAAUAAGUUGGGUGAGUUUUGGCCCAUUCCUCCUGACAGAGCUGGUGUAACUGAGUCAGGUUUGUAGGCCUCCUUGCCCGCACAUGCUUUUUCAGUUCUGCCCACAGAUUUUCUAUAAGAUUGAGGUUGGGGCUUUGUGAUGGCCACUCCAAUACCUUGACUUUGUUGUCCUUAAGUCAUUUUGCCACAACUUUGGAAGUAUGCUUGGGGUCAUUGUCCAUUUGGAAGACCCAUUUGCGACCAAACUUUAAGUUCCUGAUUGAUGUCUUGAGAUGUUGCUUCAAUAUAGCCAGGUAAUUUUUUUCUCAUGAUGCCAUCUAUUUUGUGAAGUGCACUAGAACCUCCUGCAGCAAAGCACCCCCACAACAUGAUUCUGCCACCCCCAUGCUUCAUGGUUGGGAUGGUGUUCUUCGGCUUGCAAGCUUCCCCCUUUUUCCUCCAAACAUAACGAUGGUCAUUAUGGCCAAAAAGUUAUAUUUUUGUUUCAUCAGACCAGAGGACAUUUCUCCAAAAAGUAAGAUUUUUGUCCCCAUGUGCAGUUGCAAACCGUAGUCUGGCUUUUUUAUGGCGGUUUUGGAGAAGUGGCUUCUUCUUUGCUGAGCGGCCUUUCAGGUUAUGUCGCAAUAGAACUUGUUUUCCUGUGGAUAUAGAUUAUUUUGUACCGGUUUCCUCCAGCAUCUUCACAAGUUCCUUUGCUGUUGUUCUGGGAUUGAUUUGCACUUUUUGCACCAAAGUACGUUCAUCUCUAGGAGACAGAAUGCGUCACCUUCCUGAGUGGUAUGACGGCUGCGUGGUCCCAUGGUGUUUAUACUUGCAUACUAUUGUUUGUAUUGAUUAACGUGGUACCUUCAGGCGUUUGGAAAUUGCUCCCAAGAAUGAACCAGACUUGUGGAGGUUUCCAAUUUCUUUUCUGAGGUCUUGGUGGUUUUCUUUUGAUUUUCCCAUGAUGUCAAGCAAAGAGUCACUGAGUUUGAAGGUAGGCCUUGAAAUACAGCUACAGGUACACCUCCAAUUGACUCCAAUGAUGUCAAUUAGCCUAUCAGAAGCUUCUAAAGCCAUGACAUCAUUUUCUGGAAUUUUCCAAGCUGUUUAAAGGAACAGUCAAUUUAGUGUAUGUAAACUUCUGAGCAACCGGAAUUGUGAUUAAGUUAAAUAAUCUGUCUGUAAAUUGUUGUAAAAAUUACUUGUGUCAUGCACAAAGUAGAUGUCCUAACCGAUUUGCCAAAACUAUAGUUUGUUAACAAGACAUUUAUGGAGUGGUUGAAAAACUAGUUUUAAUGACUCCAACCUAAGUGUAUGUAAACUUCUGACUUCAACUGUUAAUAUACAGCACCAGUCAAAAGUUUGUACACACCUACUCAAGGGUUUUUCUUUAUGUUGACUAUUUUCUACAUCGUACAGUAAUAGUGAAGACAUCAAAACGAUGAAAUAACACACAUGGAAUCAUGUAGUAGCCCAAAAAGUGUUAAACGAAAUAUAUUUCAGAUUCUUCAAAGUAGACACCCUUUGCCUUGAUGACAGCUUUGCACACUCUUGGCAUUCUCACAACUAGCUUCACCUACAAUGCUUUUCCAACAGUCUUAAAGGAGUUCCCAUAUAUGCUGAGCACUUGUUGGCUGCUUUUCCUUCACUCUGCAGUCCAACUAAUCCCAAACCAUCUCAAUUGGAUUGAGGUUGGGUGAUUGUGGAGGCCAGGUCAUCUGAUGCAGCACUCCAUCACUCUCCUUCUUGGUCAAAUAUCCCUUACACAGCCUGGAGGUGUGUUGGGUCUUUGUCCUGUUGAAAAACAAAUGACAGUCCCACUAAGCGCAAACCAGAUGGGAUGGCGUAUCGCUGCAGAAUGCUGUGGUAACCAUGCUGGUUAAGUGUAACUUGAAUUCUAAAUCAAUCACCCUCCGUGUCACCAGCAAAGCCCCUCCCCAAUAGGGUUGCACAUUUUGGGGAAUAGUCCGAGGUGGAAACUUUCCGUGGGAAUUAACAGGAAUAUAUGCAAAUUAAUAUGAAUACCAUUUUAAAUAUAGAUAUUUUUUCUAUUGGAUAUAUUUACCAUAUCAUAUGGAGACAAACAAACCUUUUACCUUAAGUAAAUAUAAUUGCAAAUGAUUAAAUCCUUCCAAUAGAAAAAAUAUAUAAAACAUUUGUUAAGAAUUUAACUUUAAUUAAAUCAGUUGACUCUUCACAUGGGAUGAUUUUACUGAACAACAAAAGAAAGGGAAUAUUGGAUGAUCCUCAAUGAUCCAUCGCAUCUCCCAAAAACCUUUUAAAAAUACAUCUGUAAAAUGAAAGUCUAGAAACUAAAGCUUUGGUUGUCUUCCUCUCAGGCUUCCCUGUCUUCUCCCUGAACCCCCUUAAUGUCCACCUCUUGAACAUCAGACUCUGAGGCCUCAUCUUCACUGUCACUUUUCAACCUUGUUGAGGAUGGCUCAUUGUCAGGCUCAAAAAGCCUCAAUUUUGCCCAGAUGGCCACCAAUUUUUCAACCCUUGUAUUGGUCAGCGUGGUGUGCCCGUGUGUGUGUGCCCGUGUGUGUGCCCGUGUGUGUGCCCGUGUGUGUGCCCGUGUGUGUGUGUGUGUGUGUGUGUGUGUGUGUGUGUGUGUGUGUGUGUGUGUGUGUGUGUGCCCGUGUGUGUGUGUGUGUCCCGUGUGUGUGUGUGUGUAUGUGUGUUCCCGUGUGUGUGUGUGUGUGCCCGUGUGUGUGUGUCUGUGUGUGUUCCUGUGUGUGUGUGUUCCCGUGUGUGUGUGUGUGUGUGCCCUGUGUGUUCCCGUUCCCGUGUGUUCCCGUUCCCAAACAAGGACCAGUUGUGCUCUGAGGUGGCUGAUGUUGGUGGGAUUUGGAGUAUGAUGAAGGCAACAGGGAAAGAGCCUCAGAUCCACAAAGUCCCUUCCACCAGGUGGCUGAUGAGGCAGUGCCCUGUCUAACCCGGGGCUGCAUGGCCAGUUUGUGGAGCUGAACGAGGCCUACAGGGUCCUGAGUAAGGAGGUGUCCCAGAGAGAGUACGACCUGCACCCUUUUACCGGGGGACAGGCCUUCAGACCCACCUCCACACAACCCCAGGAGAGUAUGCGCUACUAGGAUCAGUUCAAACCCUGAUGAACUUUAGAAUAAUUAGCUACUGUAUGCUCAUCAUGUGACUGAGCUUCUCUUCAGACAGUUGGAGUCUGUCCAUAACAACUUCACGGACGAGAAGAACAGGUCAUCAAGCAGAUCUACAAUGAGGGCAAGAGUAAACGGGUUUAAGAAGCAGACAGAGAUUCUCAGACAGAAUUCUCAGGAGAAACACAAAAUCACUUGCAACAAGUAGGAGUUUAGUAGAAUACGAGCACAUGGUAAAACAAGGGGGAUUGAUUUGGCCGAACACCUCGGAAGAGGAAUGGAGUCAUUCAGGAAGGGGGUGAACGGUUGAUUGAGUUAUAGGAGUAGUUAACUUUUUCACUGUGGCAGACGUUGAUGAUGUGCACAGCUCUCGUUUGCUUGGACCUUGGAUACUAAGCCAAGGAGUUAAAAAACAAGUGUGUAAUACCUGGGUGAAACGGAAACAGUAAUGGGGUACAUGUCUUUGUCACAGUAAAGCCUCGCCCCACAGCCAUUCUAGGUUUCUCCAGGAGGAGAAUACGUUGUGGAGGUUUGGUCUGGUAUCACAAGACUAACAGCAGUAGGUCAUUAGCAGCACAUCUCUUCCGCUAUUGGAUGGAACCAAGACUCCUGUUAGCCAGUUGCUAAUUGGUUUGCAUACCCGUGACAUGAUGGUUUCCCCACGGCCGUUCAGAGGCAGUCUCAACAAGAUUCAUGGGACUGUGUGAAUUUGCCCACUGGAGAUGGGGCAUUCCAGAUAUUGUAAACUUCAGUGUUCAGUAAUGUAAGUCUAUGACUGCGUACUGUAAAGACUUUAAUCAAAGGUAGAAUCCCAUAAUGACAGAAAGGGGGUGCUCUGCACAGCUGCCCUUGAACCACUGGGAUUCAGUUAUUGCUCUGUGUGUCAAUGACACCAUGGAUCUUUUGACUCUGCUACUGGGCCCAUGGUGGACCCAAAUACAGUCAUAAAAAUAUACUGUUCGGGACAGGAGUUUUUCCUGACAAUGUUACCUACAUGCAAUAUUUAGGGCCUUCUGCUUUUCCUGGUUAUGUGAUGAGGAACAACUGUCCCUAGAUAUACUAUAUACUUUCCCAUUGAAAGGACAUGGAAUCAAGAGACAUUUUGAAAAUUAAGUCAAAUUAGGACUUUUUUAAAUGGUAUUUAAUUGUGCACUUCUCUGAUGGGGCGGCAGGGUAGCCUAGUGGUUAGAGUGUUAGAAAGGUUGCAAGUUAGAAUCCCUGAGCUGACAAGGUGCAAAUCUGUCGUUCUGCCCCUGAACAGGCAGUUAACCCACUGUUCCUAGGCCGUCAUUGAAAAUAAGAAUUUGUUUUUAACUGACUUGCCUAGUAAAAUAAAGGUAAAAAAAAAAUGUUGAAUAAUUAAUUUUAGGAAUGGUAAUUAUACUAUGGGAAGUACUGAAGUGCCACGCAGGCAGAUUUAUUGAGAUUAGAAAUGUAUUUAAUUUAUUGCUGUGGUGACGGCCAACCGACACUUACCAUAAGUCACAGAUUGUGUUUCAGUGAUGUUUAAUGACAGCCUUAACUCUUCACGGUGUCGUGGAGUCAUGCAAUGAUGAAUAACUUAGUAAACACUGUUCCUCUGAUCUCAACCAACAACCUCCAAUGUUUCAUUUUGAGUUUGUUUCUCACCUGUUUCUCACGCUCGCAUGUCCUGUCAGGUUUGGGAGUGAGCGAGUGGUGCAGUGUUUGUUAAUGACUCUAUGACCUUGUGUUGUUUCUCAAGCCCUUAGCUGAAACCACAGGAGAUAACAGGUCCCUGCAUACCGACAUCCCCUAUGUAGUGCACAAGUGCCCCCUCAUAACCAAAACACACCAAACUGACAGAGACUCUUCUGUCGACGUAAAGACAAACUGAUGGGAGACAGGGUUCACUGUACGUUCUGUGCUGCUGAUCAAGGUUUUGUAAGCUUCUGACUGUGAGCUAGUGCUGCUGAUCAAGGUUUUGUAAGCCUCUGACUGUGACUUAGUGCUGCUGAUCAAGGUUUUGUAAGCCUCUGACUGUGACUUAGUGCUGCUGAUCAAGGUUUUGUAAGCCUCUGACUGUGACCUAGUGCUGCUGAUCAAGGUUUUGUAAGCCUCUGACUGUGACCUAAAUUAGUUGUGCAAAUGUAUUAUUCCAACCAAAUAAAUGAUUAAUAUCAAUUCACUGGGGGUGAUCAGUUAGUGGUCUGUGUGUUUUAUGUGUCUGUCUGUGAGAGCUUGGAUGUGGAUUUGGGUGAAUGAUAUAAAGAGAUCUUAGUGCAAUAAAAUGACCCCCUUUAUUGUAUCGUUAUUAUAAAAUGUAUUAUGUGGCUGAGAAAGUGGAGUGGUAAAUUAUUGAUUGACCUGCUGAAUGACGAAUUGAAGGGCGACGUUCACCUGUGUCCAGUGCGCGGGUGCGUCCAUGUCAUUUUGAAAAAGUUGGCAGUGCAAAGGUUACGCGGAAUUCGGAGUGCGUCGAGUGGAGUGCGCCUUUUAAUUGUGAUCUGAAGGGCAAAGGACAUGAGCAACCAAUCAUAACAGACCAAGAGACGCUGUCAAGGACCCUUCUCUUUGUGGACUGCUCUGGCACCAUUAACUUCUUUCUAUAUGUUAUUAUCAAAGAGGACAAAAGGAUAAGUCGCGGCGGCACAUGCGUCUUCAACGAAACGUCAUCUAGGCUAUUUCUCCGAGACACCGCUGUGGAUAGGCUGCGCAGUGUCAUGAGAUGUGCGUUCGGCACCGUAGCCUCUGUGAUUCAAGACAUUAGUGUUGGAUCGUAAAUAAGUGCUUUUUGUCCUUUUUAAACGUUUUUAGAGACAAGGAUACAAUAUCGCAAAAUAUCUUAUCGGGACUAUAAAUGGACCUGUUGUCACGCUACUACUGACGCUCAACCACGGACCGUUUCAUGGGUUUCUGGCCAACAAUGGGCGAAUGUAACCGGUUUACAUACCCGAACCUCUGGCUUUGGAAUAUUGGGGGCCAUCAUUCAAAGUUCACACAACUCUCAGUAAAAUAGAUGCAACCAAACUGUAUUGAAUUGAACGUGAACGACUGAGAUUUAUUAAACUAGGCUUUUGUCAAUAUGCAAAAUGCAUAUGUGUGCGCUUGAUUGCCAAGAAUGACUUGGCCGAUUGAUGGCAUUCGAUUAUAAAUUGUUAUAUUGUAGCCAAAUACAUUGUGCAAUUGUUGAUGAAUUAAGUUACAAUCUCAAGCCACUCAUUUGAGUGUUAGCCUACUCAUUUGCCAUAGACGGAUUCAUAAUUACUUGUAUGUAUACAUGAAUAUAUUUAACGUUCUUAACAAACGGAAAGGGAAUGCCACCCCGGUUGUCAAUCCAUAACAUGGAACCUAAGGACUGCAGAUUGAAUAUUGAUUGAGUUGAGUGAAAAGACAAAAGAAAAUCAUCAAUUAAUUUACGGAAAAUUAGGCUUUUUGGAGUUCUGCACAAUGGGGAUUAUGCUUCAAGUUAUUCUAGGAAUGUUUCAGUUCCUCUUGCUCUCCAGAAUACCCACGUCCCAUGCUAAGCUAGCCCACUGGAGACCUGCGGACACCACCCCCAAAUCUAGAGAAGUGCGUCGGUGGUUGGAGGUGUACUCUCGGAGUGGUUGUGAGCCCAGGGAUACCCUGGUUGAGGUGUGGCGGGAGUUGCCGGGAGAGACGCAUCACCUCUUCGUGCCUUCCUGUGUGUCGGUCCACCGCUGUGGUGGGUGCUGCUCCGACGAGGCACUGGAGUGUGUGCCCUCACUCACACACUCUAUCACCAUGGAGCUAAUGAAGACCUCCUUCAUGAAGCAUGAACUCAUUGAGCUGGACUUCGUUGAGCACAGCCAGUGUGAGUGCAGACUAAAAGAGAAUCUUCAAUCAGCCCCUACCAGGCCUGCAAAGCCUCUGAGGAAAGGCAGGAAAAGGGAGAGAGGAAAAUCCAAACGAAAGAAAAGUGGAACUAUACCCUCCUCUCCCCCCACUACGCCCUCUCUUCCCCCGACCACCCCGUCUCCCUUGCCAGGCCCUCGAUGUACCCCCUGUCCUGGGAGGAAGUGGACACUCGAUUUGCAUUCAUGUCGGUGUCGCUGCAACGUGACCACAGAGAUCUGCAGUCAGAAAGGGAGGAGGCUCAACCAGCACCUCUGCAGAUGUGAGGCCAGGAGGCGGUGAUGCUCUGUCUCUCCGCUGGUUCCAGACUCACUCUCAUCCAUGCUCAUCCACUCUCAUCCAUGCUAAGCAGAAGUCUGGGUAACAAAGAGGAGUGGAGGAUGUACCCCUAACUCUCCUCUUCCUUGUCCUCCAGAACCACCAAGUCAGUGCAGUAUUACAACGUAAAGAUAUGUACCUGUGUGUAGAGCUGUAUAUGUGUAGUCAGUCUCAUCACACAGCUUCUUCAGGCGCUUAGCUGCUAUCGUCCAGUCAAUGUGUAAGUAACACUCUCCUUCACAAGAGUAAAUGAUGGGACCAAAUGUAAAGCACAGUUUAGAUGUCUGGUAACAUGAGGGCGAUGUGAGGUAGUGAGUCGCCAGGACGUUAGUUGUGGACCAGACAGAAUUCAACACUCACACCUCCAAUGCUGUAUGGGACAUUGGGACUUUGGACAUGAAGAGGAUUUAAAGACUGAUCACAGAUCAGAUUUAACAGACGUGUUCAUGUUGAGUUUUGUUGUCUUCAUAGACACGGUGGGUCAGUUUUGCCCAUGAACUGCUAUUGGACUGUUUUGCAGAAAGACAAUGGCAACAGACAUAAUGAUCCUGAUAUUGAUACAUGUGUUAUAUUUUGUGUACAGGGAGACCCCCGAUAGGAGAAUGAUUCCAGGGUCAAGUCAUUAAAGUGCAGUAAGGAUAUAGAAUAGUGAAUGAACAUACAUGCACACACGCACACAUGUACACACACACACAUGUACACACACACAUGCACACACGUACCAGCUAUUUGUUGUGUGUAUAAAGCUGUCAGGGAUACCCCAUGGACCUAUAGCUAAGUCAGUUGAAUAGCUGCAUAGACUGUAUCUGUGUGGUCUACACACUGAAUGGCACAGAUGGGUUAACAUGCCACAGUUCUCUCUCAUUCACAGCAUAUGGUCACAGGCUGGAUCACUGAGGGGUUGUACAGGCUGGAUCACUGAGGGGUUUUACAGGCUGGAUCACUGAGGGGUUGUACAGGCUGGAUCACUGAGGGGUUUUACAGGCUGGAUCACUGAGGGGUUUUACAGGCUGGAUCACUGAGGGGUUGUACAGGCUGGAUCACUGAGGGGUUUUACAGGCUGGAUCACUGAGGGGUUGUACAGGCUGGAUCACUGAGGGGUUUUACAGGCUGGAUCACUGAUGGGUUUUACAGGCUGGAUCACUGAGGGGUUGUACAGGCUGGAUCACUGAGGGGUUGUACAGGCUGGAUCACUGAGGGGUUGUACAGGCUUGAUCACUGAGGGGUUUUACAGGCUGGAUCACUGAGGGGUUGUACAGGCUGGAUCACUGAUGGGUUUUACAGGCUGGAUCACUGAGGGGUUGUACAGGCUGGAUCACUGAGGGGUUUUACAGGCUGGAUCACUGAGGGGUUUUACAGGCUGGAUCACUGAGGGGUUGUACAGGCUGGAUCACUGAGGGGUUGUACAGGCUGGAUCACUGAGGGGUUGUACAGGCUGGAUCACUGAGGGGUUGUACAGGCUGGAUCACUGAGGGGUUGUACAGGCUGGAUCACUGAGGGGUUGUACAGGCUUGAUCACUGAGGGGUUUUACAGGCUGGAUCACUGAGGGGUUGUACAGGCUGGAUCACUGAGGGGUUGUACAGGCUGGAUCACUGAGGGGUUGUACAGGCUGGAUCACUGAGGGGUUGUACAGGCUGGAUCACUGAGGGGUUUUACAGGCUGGAUCACUGAGGGGUUGUACAGGCUGGAUCACUGAGGGGUUGUACAGGCUGGAUCACUGAGGGGUUGUACAGGCUGGAUCACUGAGGGGUUGUACAGGCUGGAUCACUGAGGGGUUGUACAGGCUGGAUCACUGAGGGGUGUUCUGUCAUCUGUUUGAUUUGGUUUUUGUCUCCAUCUCUCCGCUCUGGAGUGAAUGAGCUGUUCACGCCGACAGGGCAGUGAGGGGAAUGACAAUGAUGAGGCUUGGCUAUGGUCCAAGGGUUCACACACACACACACACUUCUGAUUAGAAAUGAAUGCAAUAUAAGAGUCUAAAUAAGUCCAAAUGUUUGUGUCUGUUUAAUUUUCUUUGUAGAAUUUGUUAUAUUUUGGCAUAAUUUUGUCCAGUUGACUUAUUAGAUGUUGUAUAUUGUGGAAUGUUUCUUUGUUUUGUUUUUAUUUGUCUAUAAUCCGUCUACAUAAAGAGUCCCUCUGGGUGGCCGACAAAGACCACUAGGUAGACAUCAGGCAUUUAAACAUAUCGCCACCUGUGUAGAAUUUUAAACAGGGAGAGAGUUCUCAAUGGCCACAAAAUAGGACACACUAUACAUUCUAAUGGGUAAGUAAAAUAAUCACCAGAAAAAUGAUGUCUAGCAAAUACACAUUCCCACUGCAGUAAAAAUAAACCAUUUAGUUCUCUGUCUGUGUGGGAUAUGUAGAGCUGUGGGGUUAGGAUACAGCUACAAUAUUGGUUAGAACCCCAUUCAACACUGAAAAUGGUUAAUUUCUACUUAACAUUGUUCAAGCUUCCAAUCUGUACCUCUUGUUAGCAGUGCUGGAACCCCACUAAUGUAAUUCCUGAGCCUGUGUCACAUUCCACAUGGGAUUCCACUGACAUUCCUUUUUAUAUUGUCCUUUUAUUUCAAACUCAGUCUGAAAAGUCUCUUUUCACUAAGCAAUAAGUAUGGUCUCUGAUUCAGAGACUGAGAUGAUCAUAGGAGUAUUUUAGCUGAAGUUGUAGCAGAUUCCUCUCCAAAAUCUAAGAUAAAACUCUGACAACAUAUCAGCGAUUCCUCUGAAGUCUGCCUGUUAACAGAGAUAGCUGAGGGAUUUGUGAGCUGUAUGUGACGUGUGUUUGAAUUCAGGCUCUGAGGUUGGUCCUGUGAGGGCAGUCAGACCAGACACAGCUCUACUGAAUGUGCCUCCCCUCCCUAUAGCUGGAAGCAUCUGUGAGCUCCUCUCCUCUGAAUGGCGGCCAAUGAAUGCCAACCCAAAACCCCCAAGGUAUAUUUCGCAAAGCGGCAUUGUCUAGCUGUGUGUUGGUCCACAGGAAACUUGCCAGUUACAGAAAGACACUUCUAGAAGGGACUAAAUGCUCUAUUCAAGCAGUAGUAUACUACCCAUGUCCAUGACAUAGUCUAAAUGAAUGUGCUGGUUGCUCCUCUUGUCUGCACGCACCUAGUCUUCCCUCAACCACCUUGUUGUAGACCCACGAGUUGGACAAGGCGAGUCUAGCAGAUACCCUAUCUACUGUAGACUGUCCAGGUAGACCUAUUCUAGCCCCCAUGGUCUUAUACUCAGCUAUAGCAGGCAGACCCUGACUAAACAUACAUAAUAAUAUCUUAUGUCUUAUAUCCAACCACCAUCUUGUGUAUGAUGUAGAGCAUACUUUAGAAUGUCUUGUAAUUCAUUCCAACUAUACUCCCAUGUUAGACUGUACAAAUGCGUUGUGAUUUGUAUAUCACUGAUACUAUUUAUGCUGCUACACCUUUUGUGCCCAAUCUGAUGUAAGUGUGCAACUGUCUGUACCAUGCAGAGUAGGCCUAUAUUAUGACUGACUAAUCAACCUGAUGUCUAUGUAAACAAAGCAUACUGUCCUAUUGAAGAUGUUAAUACUACCAGGAAAUGUUCAAAACAACCAUGAUACAAUGUUCCAGAUAUUAUUAAAUGAAACGUCUUAUUUUUCGUAAAAGGUA